AUGCCUUGCUACAAUCUCGAGAUCAUCUCAGCCACUUACGGCACCAACAUCGUCACUGCCCAGGCCCGCCAAGCAUACAGCGACUUCGUCAACAGCGAUGACGACGACGCAAGAACGAACAUUUUCAAGAUCACGCCCGAUGAUUACAAGUUCGGACCAGACCCCUCAGGGGGUGAGCAUAGGAACAUGUUUGUGAUGGUCUGGAGGGUCCCACUAGCCAAUGACGCGGACACCACCUCCACCAGGCUUUCCUAUAGCACCUUCCAAGUCACACGCGGUAUUCAAGACGUGGAGAUCGAGGUUAACUACGAUGGCUCCUCCCUAUCCGUUGCCAAAAAUCCAACGAAUUCCCCGGGCGACAUAUACUUAGUGGAUGCGAGCUAUUACGACAAGGAUGUCACUGCGGAUGUCCAGAAUACAGUGACUGGUAUGAGCAGCGAUAAGACCAGUGUGGUUAUAUCGGUGCCCCCGACUGGAUAUGCCAUCAACUCAACACAUAAGAGCCAACUCUCAGUUACCUACGGAUACCUUCUGCCCGAUGGGCAAUAUCAAUACAACGUCAAAACUGCCUGGGACGGAGGUAUCAUUUCCAUCAGGAAAGGACCAGCACCACCACGCCUCCUGAUCAAGGCAGCCAAUUUUGGUGGCGUUGAUUUCACGAAGCAGUGGAGUGACCGGCCACUGGAACUCCUCAUGACUCCAGAUAAGUCUGGCAUCAGUGAGCUUGACCCCACCACCGCAGUUGACAACUCCCGCACCCUGUUCUUCAAUCCAAAUGGUCGCAACGCUGGUCAACUUAACAUUAUUGCCGUACUCUGGGGCAGGAUGGAGGGCCAAACUGUUCUAGGACCAGUGGACGGUAAAGUUUUUCAAUACCUGAAAGACUUCGCCAUGCUUCCAACACCAACCCAAGCUUUUUUCGGCUUCGAGGGUUGGAAGGGUAAGACGCCAUGCGCACAAGUCUUCUACCAGUACGGAGUUUCGGGCACUAUUCAAUGCUCCUCAGCAUGGGAGAACGGAGCCUCAACUAGUCUGGCAUCACAGACUGCCUCUUUCGAUGACCCUUUCCGAUCAGGCCGCCUUUUACAGGCUAUUGAUGGACAAGCAACAAAAAAGACUGGAUUCCGGUUAAAAGAUCCCAGGAGCCAGAAGUACCUCUCUUACGUCCCGAACAGCGGACUGUUCGCCAAUACAGCAGAUCCGUCUAAAGCCUCGAGCUUCAUGCUCGACUCAUCCUCUGGAAGACAGCUCCUUGCAUGUACGGACAAGAAGACCUAUUCCUAUGCGUAUAUUGGGGCAACCGACAACGGCGUCGACUUCGCCACUGACACAAACAAGGCCGCCGAGGCCCACUAUGAAUUGCCGGGUAGCUACGCGACUCUUUUCCUGAUCUUGAGCUUCACCUUCCCAAAAGCCAGUUCAAUUCCUAUUGUGUUUUCGACGUACAAGACUGGAGACACCUUGAUCAGAGCUAUCCCUAUUCAUCAAUACAAGAUCGACAACGUCAUAGUCCCUACCGAUACCUACAUAUUCCAGUUUGAGUGGGCAACAAAAGUCAACGCCUCAACAGCUGCAACCGGAUCAUGUACAAAGACACACGUUGUACAUAGGAAAGCUCUCCGCCAACAUGACGCCUCACCUCUUGCAGUAACAACUGGGUUUCCAUUCGACUUCUGCUGGGACUUACCCACCCUCAUGUUCGGAGCUCCGUCCGUCACCUCGACCAAAGUCGUCAACGGGGUGAUCGCCUGGUGGAAAUCAAUCCCACAAGCCGCCCGUGAUAAAGUCGCGCUCCUAGUGACAACCUUGCACGUCAAUGUACAAGGCGCCGCAACACCCGUUUUGAAAAACCUGUGGGAAGAUGCCUGCAAGCUUAUCAAAGGGAUCCACAAAGCGGAUGUUCUCUGGUCCCUGUAUAGAUCCAUCGUUAGCGACUUCGACUGGGUCGACUUCGGCAUCCUCUGCGCCAACCUCCUCAAGUACAUCCUCGCAGGCUCCACAACCGGUGCUGGAGCAGCCAUCCUCUACGCCACCGAUGUCGCCCUUUGGGUCCUCACCGUCAUCAAAGACGGCAUCGCCUGGGUCAAAGUAUGCAUCCCAAGUAUUUCCAAAGCGGCGAACGACAACAUCCAGAAGUUGGCCGCGAGCGUUCACGCGGCCAUAUCUGUGAAGAAAUAUUCCUAUCUGGGAAAUGAAGAGCGUUUUGACCUGAUCAAAGCCCUCCUGGAGCCGCAUUUCACAAGAAUCAUCACUGGUGGGCAUGGCAUGCCGCCUACGAAACACUUGCGGCCAUCGCUACCGAGUCACUCGAGUCCACCGAAGUUGGGUCGUAUACCAGACGUCUUCAAUCGGCAGAUGCAUUCUUAUCUGCAUGCACAGCUGGAUUUGAGUCCGGCUGGUCGAAAGGUCGAAAGGGAGCUGAGGGGUGAGGUAGAGAAAAUCAUGGAGGGUAGGAAGUGGGAGGUUUUAGCCUCGUUCGAGUGA